AUGGCAAAAGACAAGCACCCCAAGAAGCAAACCCCCUCUUCCUCCCCCGCCGCCGCCACCACCACCACCAAACAGACGCCCCCUGACUGGCCGGUGUUUAGACCGCCUCUACCGGUAGUCAGCCUCGACUUCGAUUCCCCGAUCCAGGACAAAGUCGUCGUCCUCCGGUCAUUCUUCCCCAAGAACCUGUGCCGUGACUAUGUCUCGUUCCUGCGGACCCUUCCCCUGACUACAACCCCAGGCAAACCCAAGCGGGGGAUGGCCGUCAGGGUAAAUGACAGGUUCCAGGUCCAGGACCCACUCUUUGCAGAAAGAUUAUGGAGCGAAACCGGGCUGAAGGAGGCCGUUCUGGACAAUCCGGAUCUGGCUCAUUUGUGGGGAGGGGAAGUCGUAGGGUUGAAUCCGAAUAUCAGAGUGUAUCGGUACACGCCUGGACAGUUUUUUGAUGCGCAUUAUGACGACUCAAACAACCUUACCCUUUCUACCCCUGAGAACCCCUCUCUACCAGUCAAAACCACCUGGACCCUUCUCCUCUACCUCACCUCCUCCACCGACGGUUGCGUAGGAGGCGAAACAGUGUUCUACCCAAACGAUCGACAAACCAAGAAAGAAGCCAUCCCCAUCAGCCCUGAGACGGGCAUGUUGCUGUUACAUAAACACGGCGACGAUUGCAUGCUCCACGAAGGAAAAGAAGUCACGGCAGGGGAAAAGUGGAUUCUAAGGAGUGAUUUGUGUGUGAGGCGAUAG